AUGACUGCCUCUGGUAUUGAAUCCUUGGAGCAGGACUUUGACGACGGCUACAAUGCUGAGCAGUACUUUGAUGGCGCUGAUGACGAAGAGCUUCCCGAUGGCUACAACAACGACGCCAAUGACGAAGAACUACCCGACUACUCCAGUGCCACCUUGAACGAAGAAGAAGCCGAACCGCCCUACAAUCCCUCAAAUCAGGACAUGUACGGAGCGCUCGCGCAAGCCAGACUAGUAAAUAUGCGCACACCUGAUCAAAUUACCGCCCAAACCGAGAAGCUCGAGGAUAUCAAGGCCCGGCUCAAAGCUUUUACUGUCGAUCAACUCGACCGUCUUUACCUUGAGACCACCAGCAAGGAGUUCUGCGGUUUGAUCAAACUUGCGUGUCAUGAAAAGCGUAUGGCUGAACUGGAUGCUUUCGAGGCAGAGGUUUGGGUCAUGUCUGGACGCUAG